GAAGGAGAAGGAGGAGAAGAAGAACAUGCAGAAGGCGAUGAAGGACGCCCCACGAAAGAAAAAGGACAAGAGGCGCGACCCACUCAAGAAGGACGUGGGCGCGAUCAUCGGCGAGGGCGGCAUCAACAUCAAGAAACUCGGGGACGUCAAGCCACAGAAAAUCGCUGGCAUUUUCAUCCCUAGCGACUGCUACGACAAGAUGGGCAAGACAGAGAUAAAGGGCCAGCCACUGUACCCGGUCGAGUGCCCAGUACUGCUUAAGCUGGAAAAGAAAGUGAAGUUCAACAGGUUCGUCAAGCCCAUGUGCUUGCCGAUUUUCGACAAGAUCAAAAUCAACAAGGAGCGAGCGGGAUCCAUCGGCUAUGGAGUCAGGAAGAUGAAUAAAAUCGGCCCCUCUAAACUACCUGCUGAAGUGAUAACAUGCGCGUGCUGAGAAGUGCGAGAAGAGGCUGAAGAUGAAGCUGGACAAGACGAUGAUCUGCACGAAGGGAAGAAAAAGAGCGGACACAUGUGCUUCUACGAUGAGGGAGCACCUCUACUGAACGUCAAAGUAACUGGUAAAGGCUACAAGCAACAUGCCAACCUUUAUGCUGCUUUGGCCGUACCAGGUUGCAAACUCGAGAAGAAGAAAAAGAAAAUCCAGGAAGAAGCGAGACGCCACGGACCUGGCCCUUCCCUCCGCGCGACGAAAGAAAGGAGACAAAUACAACCCGAUGAAGAGCAACAAGUACUACAUCGACGUCUGGAUCAACAUCAGGAGCUACAAGAAGUGGAUCCUGAACUUGGUGUUCGAGGGCGAGAAGAGCAAGGCCUGCCAGCGACCCAAGCACUUCAAGUCGGUGCCGGACAUUGCCCUCAAGUACGAGAUCGAAGACCCUUGUCCGUACUGAGGGCGAAGGACCACGAUCGUGCGGUCGCUGUCAAAUGUAACUUGCUUGGAAAUAUUCUCUGGUUGGGGUGGUGGCAUAGCUAGUGUUUCGUUUUAUUCGGUGCAGACUUACUGAUGAUCGUUUAUAUUAUCAGGGUAAAAUUGGUUUAACUUUCAAGUAUUCUGAUAUAUACACAGGUUUAAAACUUUUUGGUUUGUCUUCGGUUUUUCUCAAACACCAAUAUACUUACAGCCUCUGUGAGCUGAAUGCCUCUGGUGACUCAUAAAUUCGAUGGUCACUAACAACUAGACUUCAAUUCCAGGAAAGUUAAGGGGUGGACAUUAUGAAUAAAACUUGACAUUUA